UUAUUGUUUCAAAGUAAUUUUCUCGUGGUCCCCUCUUUAACAUGUGGUUUCUUCACAUAAGUGACAUAAGUGCUUAUGAAAUAAAACUUCAAGCAUAGAAAUGGUAAAGCUUUUUUGUAAAAUUUUUGGAAAGAAGAAAUAAAAGUAUACUGUGCUGUGAUGAAGUACAUGGCAACACUCCCUGUGGUUACAACUACCAUCUUUUUCAAAAGAGGCGGGAAGUCAAUGUACGGGAAAUCACAAACAUACGUACACCUUCCUGCUCCCUGUUGAACGAGUUCAGUUACAUAGAUUUCCUGAGGACAAAGAAACUUGACCCUUGAACACCGUGUGAAUUUUAUAAGAUUUGAUGUGAAAAAAAGCUUGUAGAUGGAGAGUGUACAAUUAUGCUAAUUUGGGAUAAUUUUUAUAAAACACUGCAGAAUGGCCUGAGGCAAUCUUCCAUAAUUUGCGUCUAAUUUAAAAUAGUAUUUUAAAACCGAAUUGCAGGAAAUGAGAUCUCGAAAGUGAUAUCGACAUCUUCUCAAGCAUUCAUGACACACUGAUAAAUAAUCUAUUGUCAACCAGGAUGACCAAAAGCGUUAUUCCAAUAUCCCAACACACCAAUAACGCGUGCUUGCGAGGAUAAAAGUGUGUCAAAUAAAACAAAGUGAAAAAAUGCGAAUAUGAUAUUUCACUUCGAGGUGAAUUUAAAUUCGGGUGUGACCCUUUAAAACGCCAAAUCUUUUGAGUUCGUGAAUUCCAAGCAUGCGCACUGAUCGAAAAUCAUAUUUUACUCUAGGGGCAAAGUGUUUAUGAAAAUCUUGCACUGGCUUGAAAUUUCACGUUGAUCAAUUUGACCAAAGCGAAGUGAUGGAAAAUGAGAACAGUCCUAAGUAACACACCAUGGAUCAAUAUGGUUCAGGGAGUUUACCUCGUGUGUCACGUGGACGCGACCUCUAUUUUCUCCUUUUCAACUGCGUUUGUAUUUUGACUAAUUGCAUAAAAGAGUAAAGAAAGAUACCGCCAAAAUUUCUUUGUUUUCUUUCUCAUGUGUUUCUUUGUGGAAAUUUCUAAUUUCUUCCUCUCAUCAUCAUUCAUGUUAUCAUCAUCCAUGAAGGUAGCCCAUACAAAGUAACACCCACUUGGUAUACACCACAACGAAGUGCUGGCGAGGAGUUCUGGACAGUGUAAUACACAUUAAGAACUUUAUAUAAUUGGUGCGUACGUAGUAUUUGUAAUUAUCCCGGUAAUUUGUCACAGAUAUAAUUGCAACGCCUCUUAGCUCCACUACUGGUCAAUACACAACCAUAAACUUUUUUUUAAAAAAAAUUCAUCUUAACCGGUAAAACGCUUCAUAGCUCUAUUUCUUUAAAAUUAUGUUUAACAAGAAAAUCCUUCGCAGGAAUCUUCCAAGAACUUAGAAUUAUAAAUUCUAUGGUCCAUUUGUUUGUCCAAAUACCCCAAUUAUGAAAAAAUGUUUAAUUGGUUGAUUGAUUUAAUUAACCCCGAUUACAAGAACAUUACUAGUGACGUCACUCGCACAGUCCCCGCAACAACUUAAGAAAAAUAUAUAGAAUGGAGAAAAAAGUUAGUUUCGAAAUUUUAAGGCUGAACAAUGGCGCAUUGAUGUGAAUGUUUAUAAAGAACACACUCGAUAUCCUGAAUUGAAAAAAAUACAAUAAAUUUCUUGUCUUCAGACUUAUAACAGUAGCAAAUUUUCGUUUUAUAACAUUGUGGAGAUGUGUUGAAAAGUCAUAAAUCUUGACAACAAAAGGUAAAUUAAUUAAUAACAAUAAAGAACAAUAGAAAAUAAAUUUAUUUUACAAUUAAAUUUGGCAUAUGUAAAUGAUACUAUUAAAUUUCCGUCGACUUUUCUAUAAAUGAGGCUACACAAUUAAGCUUUUUAUCAGUCCUGCUUGAGGUUUUGUAUGACAAACAACUAACUACGUAGUUAUAAAAAAGAAGUUAUAUUAAUCAAGAAAACAUAACAUUUUACAUAAUCACAAUAAUCAAAGAUGACAGAAGGCAAAUCAACGUUAAAGUUUUCAAUCGAUCGUAUUCUUGACAAAUCAGGGAGUGUGGAGAAGAAACAGAAAUGCUUCGAUGAGAUGGGGUAUUAUGAAACAACAAAUCCGUUCUUUUAUUCAGCCUAUUACAACAAUUUAUCUCUCGUGAAAUACAAAUUUGAAAAGUGUUUUGGAAAGUCAUUAUGUGGGUGUGGAAUAUGCAGUGAGAAAGUAGCAAUAUUACCUGAACCAAUCGAAUGUCAAUGCAAACCAACUUUAAAACGUCAAAUUUCUUAUGAUCAAUACAACUCGAAAGAAUAUCUUCUGCAAACGAAAUAUGACGAUGUGUUCAUGGAUGAAGACAUGGCGGUCUCACCACAAUCAGAUGUCACUCGCCAUCACUCGACUAGCUCGAAUUGUUCCGACGCACCCAGUACGAGAUCAGAUGACGAUACCACGAGUGACAACCUGUCGGGCCGUCGAAACCGUACCAUCUUCACGAAGAAACAAGCUUCGGAGCUAGAAAAAGUCUUUCAGCGUACGCACUAUCCAGACCUGAAGUGUCGUCACGAAAUUUCAAGAUUAACAAAGCUGUCAGAAAAUCGAAUUCAGGUUUGGUUUCAAAACCGCAGAGCAAAAUGGAGGCGUACAGAAAAGACCUGGGGCGAGGGAUCAGUUAUGGCUAAAUAUGGAUUAUACGGAGCCAUGGUAAGGCACUCCUUAAAAGCACGAAAAACGGAAAGCGAGGCAAAAUUAAAUGUUUGACGUCCAUUCCCGUUCACAGAGUAUAUUUAGAUUUUGUUAUAAUUGUUUAUAUAUAUGUAUCUUGUAUAUAUAAUUAAUAUAGUAUAUAUAGAUAGAAUUAUAAAUUUUGGAGUUAUGAUAUUAGCAUUGUUGUAAAAAUAUAUUUUCCAUAAAAAGUUAAAAGGAA